GUCAAUAGUGUCAAAAGUUUUUUUUUGUUUGUGUGACAAUGACAGUUGUGUAUAUUUUCCAACUUUAUCAUCAUAAAUAAAGUAAAUAAAUUAAAAAAGAAUGAGUUAUACGGAUAAACACGACGUGCCAACAAAGGAAGAGUGGCUGACGAUAUUGGAGGACAACGAUCUCGGCAGAAGUAACAUGAACAAACUUAUCAUGAAUUAUCUAGUCACAGAGGGCUUCAAAGAGGCGGCCGAAAAAUUUCAACAAGAAUCGGGCGUCAUUCCUUCGGUUGAAUUACAUUCGUUGGACGAUAGGAUUAGAAUUAGGGAUGCCAUCAUGACUGGAAAAAUACAAGAGGCUACUGCGCUUAUAAAUCAAUUGCACCCGGAAUUAUUGGACAACGACAGAUAUUUGUAUUUUCAUUUACAGCAACUUCAUCUCAUAGAACUUAUUAGAAAUAACAGAAUAGAAGAAGCCUUAGCUUUUGCACAGAGCCAUCUUAGCGAAGCAGGCGAAGAAGACCCUUCUGUUUUAUCCGAGUUGGAACGAACCGUUGCUUUAUUGGCGUUCGAAGAACCUUUAUCAUCCCCUUUUGGCGAUUUACUGGCACCCUCACACAGACAAAAAGUAGCGAGUGAAGUAAACGCAGCGAUUCUGAAGAUGGAACACCAGGAGAAUACGGCCCCCAAAAUCUCUACCCUGCUAAAAUUAAUCUUGUGGGCGCAGGAUAAAUUGAAUAGGAAAAAUGUGAAGUACCCGAAAAUGUUGGAGCUUUCGACGGCUACACUGGAAGAGACUAAAUAGCAGUCGGAAUACUGUAGUUGUAAGAAAUAGGAAUAAUUUAUUGUGACUCUUCUUUUCGUGUUUAUAAACAACAAUCUGCUAGGUGUUGAAGAUUCUAACUGUUUGUAAUUUUAUAAAUUUAGUUAAUGUAGGUUUUUUUUUAAAGUUACAUAAAUUUAUUUAACAGAGAUGAUGUAAAUAAUCAAUGCACCUUUCGACCUAUUUAAAUACAAAUUC